AUGGCCUACCUUCAUUAACACUGUCUGUAUGAUGGUCAUUAAAAUAGCGCGAUAUUGGGAGUUUGUCUUAAUGCAUCGUGUUUGAAUAAAAAACCCUUUUGUCAUCAUUGCAUUUCUAAAUGUCAUUCAUCACAUGUCAAUGAUCUUAAGAAUUUUGAUCAACUUAAAAUUUGGUCCAAUUAGUUGUAUUAAACUUACUAAGAAAUCUAGAGUACAUCUUCGGAAAUCUAAAAACAUUUAUUGAAUUUGGCAGACUAAAUGAAAGAUUUGUAUGUAGAUCCCAACAUUAACUUCUCUGAAUAUAGUUUAACAGAUUUAGAAAACCAAGUCUUGAAAUUAAUUAACAUCCAAUAAUUAUCAAAUUCUCCUUUACUUUUAAAUCUCAAAGAAAUCAACUCAAAGAUUAAUGUUGCGAAAGCUGGAGAAAGUCAAAUAAAAGGCAGUGCAUUAUAACUAUCUCUUAUUCAAACAAAUUGUUAAUCAAUUAUAAAUAGUACCUCUGCAAAUUCUAUUAUUAUACAACCUGCUAAUCAUACCAAUUUUCGUUUUUCCGAUUAGCUAACAUUCAAAGGUAUUGCAAUUCAAGAGAACGGAAAGAAGGCAGUAUGUACUGGAUAAGAAUGGGGUUUUACAUUAUGUGAGCCUGCCAUUCCUAAAGCUGGGAUUUCAAGAAUUGUUUUUUAAGUAUCUCACAGCAAUGUAUGUAACUUAUAUGUUGGUUUAUGCCAUAAAGAUAAAAUUAUUCAAUCUAAUUAUUCUCCUAAUUCAUUCCAUUCAUUAGGUCAUGGAGCUUACCUUAUUUUUAGUACUGGAUUAAUACUAUCCCAUUUGUAAGCUGAAAUUAACUUCUAAUUCAAAGGAUUCUCAUAUUCAAAUAAUGAUAUAAUAAUUAUGGAAGUUGACAUGAAUAAGUAGCAAAUUGUUUUCACUCAUCAAUAAAAGUAAUAAUAAAUUGUAAAAGUAUUUCAAAUAUUAUUAGGCAAUGAAAUUAGAUGUUACAUAAGACCUAUAUCCGUAUGCAGAAUUAUGUGUUGGUUCAUCCAUUUAAAUCAUUUAGGUUUGAUUAUUAAUUUAUAAAAUUAUCA